UGACGUUGACCAAUAGAAAUGCCUGGGGGCGGAGCCAGGGAAACGCGGGAAGCAGGGGCGGGGCUUCUGGUGGCGGUCGGGAACUCGGGGGGAGGCGGCAACAUUGUUUCAAGUUGGCCAAAUUGACAAGAGCGAGAGGUAUACUGCGUUCCAUCCCGACCCGGGGGCACGAUACUGGGCCCUGUUUCCCCCUCCUCGGCCCCCGAGAGCCAGGGUCCGCCUUCUGCAGGGUUCCCAGGCCCCCACUCCAGGGCCGGGCUGACCCGACUCGCUGGCGCUUCAUGGAGAACUUCCAAAAGGUGGAAAAGAUCGGAGAGGGCACGUACGGAGUUGUGUACAAAGCCAGAAACAAGUUGACGGGAGAAGUGGUGGCGCUUAAGAAAAUCCGCCUGGACACUGAGACUGAGGGUGUGCCCAGUACUGCCAUCCGAGAGAUCUCUCUGCUUAAGGAGCUUAACCAUCCUAAUAUUGUCAAGCUGCUGGAUGUCAUUCACACAGAAAAUAAACUCUACCUGGUUUUUGAAUUUCUGCACCAAGAUCUCAAGAAAUUCAUGGAUGCCUCUGCUCUCACUGGCAUUCCUCUUCCCCUCAUCAAGAGCUAUCUGUUCCAGCUGCUCCAGGGCCUAGCUUUCUGCCAUUCUCAUCGGGUCCUCCACCGAGACCUUAAGCCUCAGAAUCUGCUUAUUAACACAGAGGGGGCUAUCAAGCUAGCAGACUUUGGACUAGCCAGAGCUUUUGGAGUCCCUGUUCGUACUUACACCCAUGAGGUGGUGACCCUGUGGUACCGAGCUCCUGAAAUCCUCCUGGGCUGCAAAUACUACUCCACAGCCGUGGACAUCUGGAGCCUGGGCUGCAUCUUUGCUGAGAUGCACCUAGUGGGUAGCCAGCACCAUGCUAGGUACUGUGGGGAACACAGAAGAAAUGGAAGACAGAGCCUCUGCCCGCUGUGCUCCUAUCUAGAAGUGGCUGCAUCACAAGGUUGGGGGAUGACUGCAGUGUCUACCCCAUACCCCGUGACUCGCCGGGCCCUAUUCCCUGGAGAUUCUGAGAUUGACCAGCUCUUCCGGAUCUUUCGGACUCUGGGGACCCCAGAUGAGGUGGUGUGGCCAGGAGUUACUUCUAUGCCUGAUUACAAGCCAAGUUUCCCCAAGUGGGCCCGGCAAGAUUUUAGUAAAGUUGUACCUCCCCUGGAUGAAGAUGGACGGAGCUUGUUAUCGCAAAUGCUGCACUACGAUCCUAACAAGCGGAUUUCAGCCAAGGCAGCCCUGGCUCACCCUUUCUUCCAGGAUGUGACCAAGCCAGUACCCCAUCUUCGACUCUGAUAGCCUUCUCGAAGCCCCCAGCCCUAAUCUCACCCUCUGCUCCAGUGUGGGCUUGACCUGGCUUGGCCUUGGGCUAUUUGGACUCAGGUGGGCCCUCUGAUCUUGCCUUAAACACUCACCUUCUAGUCUUGGCCAGCCAACUCUGGGAAUACAGGGGUGAAAGGGAGGAACCAGUGAAAAUGAAAGGAAGUUUCAGUAUUAGAUGCACUUAAGUUAGCCUCCACCACCCUUUCUCCCUUCUCUUAGUUACUGCUGAAGAGGGUUGCUAUUAAAAAAAAAAAAAAAAAAAAGCCUUCCUACAUGUUAGAUUUGCCGUACCAAUCUCUGAAUGCCCCAUAAUUAUUAUUUCCAGUGUUUGAGAUGACCAGGAUCCCAAGCCUCCUGCUGCCGCAAUGUUUGUAAAGGCCAAAUGAUAGCAGGGGGCUAAGUUGGAACUUUUGAAAACCAAGUCAAACAAAACCACUGGGAGGAGUCUAUUUUAAAGAAUUCGGUUGAAAAAAUAGAUCCAAUCAGUUUAUACCCUAGUUAGUGUUCUGCCUCACCUAAUAGGCUGGGAGACUCAAGACUCAGCCUGGGUGGGGCUGCAGAAAAAUGAUUGGCCCCAGUCCCCUUGUUUGUCCCUUCUACAGGCAUGAGGAAUUUGGGAGGCCCUGGGACAGGGAUUGUGCUUCAUUCCAAUCUAUUGCUUCACCAUGGCCUUAUGAGGCAGGUGAGAGAUGUUUGAAUUUUUCUCUUCCUUUUAGUAUUCUUAGUUCUUCAGUUGCCAGGGAUCCCUGAUCCCGUUUUCCUCUGAAGUCCACCUCCUACCCCAUAGGAGUCGGAAAUUAGGGUUUAGACAUCAUUUUGAGAGUACUGACACUUUUUCAGGGCUGUGAUUGAGUGAGGGCAUGGGCAAAAAUAUUUCUUUAAAAGAAGGAUGAACAAUUAUAUUUAUAUUUCAGGUUAUAUCCCAUAGUAAGGUUGGCUUUUUUUUUUUUUUUUUUUUUUUUUUUUUGGUUAGAGUGGGUGGAUUUGUUGCCAUGUGCACCUUCGGGUUUUGUAAUGACAGUGCUUAAAAAAAAAAAAAAGCAUUUUUUUUUGUUUAUGAUUUGUUUCUGUCACCCUUGUCCUUGAGUGCUCUUGCUAUUAACGUUAUUUGUAAUUUAGUUUGUAGUUCAUUAAAAAAAUGUGCCUAGUUUUAUAGUUCA